GCCGCAACCUGUGCGAACCUCUUACACUGUGGUCUCUCUUAAAUAGUUGGCGUGCCGCUUCACCGCUUCGAUUGCCGGUAAUCGCCACAUUUGAUUACUUGGCAUCAUGAGCGACGGCCCGGGACGGCGGAAGGUGUACGGCUUCAAAGCCGAACGCCAGGCCUUCUUUUCGAAAAACGUGCGCCAGACGUUCCUGGAGGAAGGACGCAAGAAGAAAGAUGAGGAGCGGGCGCGGAUGGAGGCCUACCGCAAGCUGUGUAAGGAGGAGGGCAUCGUCUCAAAGCGACUGGCGGAGUACGACAACACACGCAAGGCAGCCACGGCGGACCUGAGCAGCACCUUAGAAAAGAUCGACUACGAUCAGAGCCUGACGAACAACGAGAAGAAGAAGCGCAAGUUCAAUUUGAAGCGCAAGUUCUCGGCGACCACGGUCACAGACAUCAUGGACAAGCGACAGAAGCACCACAACGCCCUGUCCGGUGUGGAAGAAAUUCAACGAAAGCGCCAAGAGGAGCGCGAGGCGAAGAAAACGGAGCGGCAACUGCGCGAAAAGGAGAAGAAAGUGCGGGUGCAGGCACGAAAGUCGCGGAACGCGCUCUUUGCCAAGCGAACCAAGAAGGGUCAGCCCGUCAUGUCUAGCCGAAUGGAGUCUCUCCUUCAAAAGAUUGAACGUUGA